AUGUGCCGUCGAUGUGUGGUCUGCGGCAAGUAUAUCGCUUGCAACUCUGCUGAUCCCUAUCACUAUCCCAAAAACAAACGGGAGGCAUUAAUCUGGCAACGCAGCAUGGGCGCAAACGAGAUAUGCGUCGAAACCAUACAGAAACAAUGCUGCGUCUGCAUUAAGCAUAUACCGCAGUUCGUGGAGCUGGCUCAGAAGCAGGCGGCUCUCAUUACAGCUAAAUGUGAGGCGCAGGCGAUCGCCGCGAAACAGACGAAGAGUCGCCAGUCACUCAAUGUGCUGUUGCUGCCGGGCGCUACAUUAAUGCCCAAUUGUGCGAAUACAUCUACCAUAGAGGAAAAGACUAAUGGUACACAAGAAAAUCAAAAGUCCUCUGACUGCUUGCUGGAUGAGGAUGAGAUCGUUGUCAGUGAAUUCAACGUUUCUGAUCGCGGCACCACUUUUCCCGAUUUAGAUGAAACCGAAGUAACUGUGCUGCGCACUCCAGUCGACAAUGAUGAGCAACUUAAACAGUUGCCGGAUGAGAACGAACAGUGUGGCGACGCCUGCGGUGCAUGUACUGCCAGUGACUGCACAGAUGUGCUGCUAUUGAGUCGUAGUCAUUCUGGUGAAACGCCUUGUCAUUGUAACGAGGUAAGUCCAGAGUCUGCUGGUGCUGAAAUGUCACUGUGUCCACAAAUGCACUUAGAUAUGGAGCACCAACUGCAGACAAUUCCUGCUUGCGAGUGUGAGCGAAAAGUGCGCCACGAACUGGGUGAAAUCAUCAAGGGGCAACAGAAUCGUAUCAACGAGCUGGAAUAUGAACUGUGUCGUCAGAGCGAUUGGCAAUUCACCAUGUACAAGAAAUUGAAUGAGUUGUAUGCUGUGUUUGGACGCUUUGAGGCUCCUGCUGCAUGUCCACAAACAACGCAACCAGUGCAGUGGCAAGAAUCAUCGGCGCUGUCUCAGGCGAGCUCCAGAACAGAAGUGGCAUCAUCGAGAAACGCGCAUUUUCAAACGCAAAAGAAGGAUGCAGGUGCCGAAAACUUUGCACCGUCUUCAGGCGAUAACAUAAAGAUUUGAACCGCGCUGGGGAAACAUUUCAACUAGAGUCCGAAGAAGGUUUAUUCGCUUUUAUAUAGUUUAAUUCCUUAAGCUUAAGCAGCGGACUGAAUGACAUCUGUGUAGAGUUUCACUUUGCUGGCAAUGCUCAUAUCGACAUAUUUGUCGCCAAUGGAAACAAUCAGGCCACCAAUGAUGCUAGGAUCCACACGCGAAGUGAUCUUCAGCGACUGGUUGCCCUUGAGGAAGGACUGCAAUUGUCGAAACAGAACAAAGUUGGAUAUACAGCUUAAUUAUGUGAUGAAUUAAUGAUUACCUUGAGUGCGCCUUCCAGCUGCUUGCUUUGAGCAGCAUCCAAGGGCUUGGCUGUGACCACUUCACAGACAACCUCACCACGAUGGGCAGCCAUGAUGGUCUUGUAAGCAUUGAUAACUGUAUCAAGCUUCUUCAAACGUCCGUUGUCGGCCAAAAGACCCAACAAGUUGGCGGUAGCCGGAGCAAAGCGCAGCUUCUCGGAUGCCUCCUUCAAAGCAGUGGACAUGACUUUCUUGUUGAUGAUGGGGCUGGUCACAUAUUCACGCAACUUCUUGUCAGCGCGAAUGGUGGCCUGCAGUGCCGUCAAAUCCUUCUCCACCUGAUCCAGCUGGCUCAGUUUCGAUGCAGCCGAGUACAAGGCGGUGGCAUAACGUCCCUCCAGGCCAAAGACCUGCACUGGUGGCUUCACCGUCUGCUGGGCAGCAGCGGAGCUCAGUGUGCGGGUC